AUGGCUAGCCUUAAGUUCAUAAUGGAUAUCAACGACGACCACCAGACGGACGCUCGACAACCCAAUAAAAAGGAUAAGGACUCUGGCCUGCCGGUCACCUCCCUCGCCCUCACCACUGGCCAGCAGCUCUAUGAGGCUUCCCCUACUGGCACCUCGACCUCGACCUCGACCAACAAGAACACCAAGAGCACUGGCAUCCAUAACAACCACCCCCACCCCCCGCCACACCCAAGACAUGUUAGUAGCAGCUCUGGUCUCGCCAUCGGACAGAAUAUCAACCAGCCUGCCCCCGCUACCCAGAACAAAAGGCGCGGUGCCUCCGCCCGAGGUCCCAAGCUCGCCGCCUCCUCUGCUGCUACCGCUUCCCCAUCGUCGUCGUCGUCCCUGUCGUUGCCGUUGUCGUUGCCAGCAGCCACCCCUAGUACCCGACCUCCUGCCCGCCGCCCGAGCACGGCCAGCAACGACUCGAUGGAUCCGACAGGAUACGGCUCUGCCGCCUCGUCGUCGUCCAUGGGCGCCGGCGGCAUGCAUCCAUCCAACACCUCCAUGAGACCAAUGCCUUCUCACACCCAGUCCUCCGAUGUCCCCAUGAGGCUCACCCCAAUCACUGGUCGAGUCAGUAGGGCGAAGAAGGGCGUCCCCGUUCACAUCUGCGACAUCUGCAAGCCAACCAAGACCUUCACAAGGGCCGAACAUCUCCGGCGCCACCAACUUAGCCAUCAACGUCCGGGAUACCCGUGUACAUACCCUGGCUGCGAACGAGCCUUCCACCGGCCCGACCUCCUCGCGCGGCAUCAGCAGAGACAUGAGCAGGAAGGCGACAAGGUCUCGUCUAGGGGUGGAGGCGAUAACGAGAGCAGACGCGCUUCGUCGGCGCCUUUAUCAAUUAACGACCCGAGUUCCGGGCCAGGAGCGCAGUCGUCCUCGACCGCGGCGCCCAGUGUCCCGCCAACACCCAACCCGCCGGCGAGCCAGUCCGGUUUCCCGGUGCGCCCCGUCCGCGGGAGCAGCCCGCUACCUUCUCACCAUGGCGCCAGCUCCUACCCACAAGCCGGGGACGCCUCGAACGAUUACAGGGGCUUUCCUUCCCCCACAAUGUCCAUCCAACAGACAUCGUUACCGGCCGCCGUCUAUAAUAUGCCGUACCAGCAAUCCCCCAGAACAAUGCCGCCAUCCAUAUGUGUUGUGACGCAGGGGUUGCAAAAUUCAGAGCCUCCCGAACUUUACCACCAGUCGCCGUGGGCCGCUUCGUCGACAGACAGCACGUACUCGACACCCUCAGAUAGCAGAUAUCCGCGGUAUUGGCCCAGCGGCGCCCCAACGCAGCUGCUCUCGUCGUAUCCCAACCCGAGGCCGCAGGCCGACCUGCCCAGUCCCAGCACUGGCAUUGAGAUCACGCCCAGACCUGUCUUUACCGACCCCUUUUCCUCGCCUGGUCAGCAUUUCAACCCCAGCUUUUCCAUGGUGGACACAGCCAUAUCGAACAUGGGCGGGUCUAACCACCACCCGAUGCUCGGUGGCUCCUCGGGGAGCCAUUUAUUUCUUGGUCACCACCAGCAUGGCAACCCAAUUUCUCCUGUUCGUAGUCCGACCCCGCCUCCGAACACGUCUUCUCACUCUGAAACUCUAGUUAUACCUUCCCCUGCUCUUCCGAGUCGCCUAGACGCGCCGGGCCGCCACAAGGGGGGAUUGACGGAGGUACAUCAGGACGUAUUGGGCACACAGGGAGGCAUGGGCGGCAUUGGUAUGUUUACAGGCCAUAGUGUGGGAUUCGGCAGUGCUGAUGCGAGCCCAGGUGGCGGGAAUGGUGGUAAUCACCAUGGCAUGGGCAUUCUCACAGACCUAAACCUGCCCGUAGGUGGAGGGGGAGGAGAGUGCGGAGUAGUGCCCGGGCUGUCCAUGGCGAGCUUGCUGCCGAGGCAGGUGCUCGCCGCUAUCCCUGGCUAUUUGGACACUUACUGGGCGCGCGUUCAUCCCUUGUUUCCUCUGGUGCACCGCGCCUCGUUUGAGGCCGUGCCCGAGGACUUUUUGAGAUGUGCCAUGGCGGCCGUGGCAACUCAAUAUCUUCCCGGCAAAGAAGACCGCAUUCGGGGGAGUCAACUGCAUGAGUAUGCCGUGCAGGAGGUUAAGCGGAUUCCCCAGUGGAGCUCAAACGUCCAAGCCAUGCAGGCGAUUCUCCUGUGCGAGUACUUUUCUCGAUUCCGCGGCCGAAAGGCAAUCACGAGACCCUCGAAACUCUUCGUGUGUCUCUAUUGGAGGGUGAGUUCUUCGCAGUCUCCUCCUUCGGAUAACGAGGCUUGUUGGCUUGUCGACGCUACUGCCUGGUCUCCCAACUCCUCUCCUACUACUUCCGAUUGUUCUUCCUUUUCCUCCCUCACGCCGACCACUACCGCCAUGUCUUUUUCUCAGCAAAACUUCUCCGUCAUGCCUAGCACUCCUUGGAGCAGCUUCCCUUCCUCUUAUGCCUCUUCGGCGUCUUCUCCUUUUGGAAAUUCUUCUCUCUCGCCCGCCUCGUCUUCAUCUUUGACCGCAGAGUUUCUAUCUACUUUGAACCAAAACAAUAUCUCCUUUUCAUAUGAUGGGCGUUUGCGGGCGCGGCAGCUUUGGUCCUCUCUUUUUGCCCCUAGCCGCUACAGCCCAUCAACGGGACCCUCUCUUUCUUCUCAGACCCAGUCUCAUAUCCAGACACAGUCUCAGGUAGCCGAGCAAGCAUACUCACAAUGUCUUUCGAAUCCACAGAUUCUGUACCAUCCAGCCAUGUUUGACGAGGCUGGACUCGAUUCGGACUCGGUCCAAGAUCGCUGGCACCGCUGGGUAGAAGCCGAUGCCUACCGCCGACUCCUAGCGGCUUGCUUCUUUGUCGACGGCCACGCUGCCAUCUUCCAGCAGCAGCGGCGCGCCCAUGAGUGCGAUAUUAGCGGCAUGGCGCCCCUUCCUCAGAUGCCGCUCUUUGGCCGUAGCUCCAAGCUCUGGGAAGCUUUCUCUGCGCGCAAGUGGGCCGAGUUGCUGUCAGCUGACCCUGAAGCUGGGAUUCCAACCUAUGUCCCUCCGCCCGACCAGCUUACCCCUGAAUACGUCCUAGGACUCGACCAUUUCGACUGCAAGGUUGCCCUCAGCAUCGAGGUCCUGCGGUUGCCGAGCCGCCAGAUGACGCCCACAGCGUCCGCGUCUGGGCACAGCUCCCCCAUUUCCGACGCGGAUCCCCACAUGCAACACGUUGGAAGCCAGUUCAAUCCAGACCAGCAACCACACUUUCAGCACGCCCACCAACUCGACCCUCAAGACCUUUCUAUAGACGCCGAGCAGCGCAUCAGCGCCCUUUUCCGGACCUGCCCUACUGCCAAUGUUUAUCUUGCUCUCCACCACACUCCCUUGCAAGACCUUCUGGCCGUCGGGGGCGACUCGUGGAUCUUUUCCAAGAAGGUGUUGCCAGCCACGUCGUUUGCAGUGCACCAGAAGCGUCUCAAGGCCUGGACCGAGCAGCACCAACGCCUGGCCAGCAACAACAACUAUGCCGACGCAGUCGCCGGCCUGAGUGCUGCCAAAGCGACAAUGUAUGCCGCGCGCGCCAUUGUGGGGUACAUCCAACGCGCCCAGCCUGGAACUGGUCUUUCGUGGACCAAUGAUCUGUCCGACUACUGGGGCCUGUACGUAUGUGCGCUGAUAUGCUGGGCCUUUGCUGGUCAUCGCAUGCGUGGCACGUCAACAGCGUCUCUUCUCGAUCCCCGGCCGGCACGCCAGCGGCGCGGCAGCAAUGGCGGCGGCAGCGGCGGGAGCAGCCCCACUUCAAGAGCGUCGGGCAAUUCAGGCAAUGCGGCAGCGGCAGCCGACGAGGAGGCCAUGGGCUGGCUGCAAAUGGCUGCCGCGGACGGUAUGCGCCCUGAGGACGUGGUGUGGGCGCGCGGGCGCUCCGAGGCCCUUGGUGUCGUGGGUCUCGUGCGUCGCCGGCUUGAGAACGACUGCGUCGGUAGCAGAAGCAGGCUCUACGUAGACGCCGUCGUCGUGCUGAGGAAGCUGGAAGAGGGAGCCAACUGGAAUUAGUUCUAAGCGCAAUAUGGCUACUGCUAUUUUACAGCCCAUACACCUGCACGCUCGGAACUACAACACUCCAAACUACUCAUGCGUCGCGAACACAAACAACACCUCGAGAAACCUCUAUCAUCACUCGCCCAUUUCAGUCUAUCAAUGCAGGCAUGACCUUCCACAAGAAGAGAAGAACGUCGAAUUCAAAUCAACCACCCGCGGGUAUAUAAUACACCAAAAAACACCAUCCAUCAUAUUAAUUUUCUUUUAGAAAAAAGCAAAGCAUUGGUUAUGGGCAGAUUGAUAUACACUCCUUUUUACUAUCCGUCUUGUCCUUUUCUUUUCUUUUCCAUCUCAGAGGAGGCAGCAUCCAUCUAGCGAAGAUUCGAACGAAGCAUCUUAAUUCUCAUCAUCAUCAUCAUCAUCAUCAUCAUCAUCAACCAUAACGAGGACGAAGACGAGACCAGACGAGACCAGACGAAACCAGACGAGAUAAGAAGAAACGACACG